AUAACAUUUAAGGCACUUUGAUCGAUGAAAGAGAGUUAACGAAUACAUAAUGUAUGGAAGGCCGAAAGAAAGAAAUAGGCGAGGAUCUCGCACGAUCAGUAUAUUUCUCGAAAUCUCAUCAACACCGAGCAUCACUAUGUUUAUAAUUCCGUAUUCGACAAUGUAAAUGUAACAUUGAACGUUAUGCAUUGUUGAAUGCGAAAUUAUAACGAUAAAUGUAAAUGAUAUUCGGGCAAAGCUAACCGGGAUGUCAGCUAGCCGGUAAACAUCAGCCAACAUUACAGAUGCGUUCGCUGUUAGCACUGAUCAGCACUGACGAAUCAUUUUGCCGUAUAUCUAAUGAGGGACAAAGCCCGAACGCAGCCUACGUCAAUGUUGUAAUUCGCCGCUCAACCAUGCAAUACACAUGGUAUUGUAGAACGAAAGAUGAAAACGUGAAAAUGAUGAGAAAACGAUCGGAACUUUUAGAGUAAUUUUCUUGUGAUCUGCCAUUCUGUCCGCGACGCGACAGUUACAUCGAGAUCAUUUUCAUCGUUCAUUCGAAUCACCGAAUUUUUCGUAAGAGCGCGCGGCUUGCGCGGGAAUCCGGAUUAGGUCCGUUCUUUCUACACUUCGCCUCCUCCCUCUCGCUCCGACCCGUGCAGCGGGUCCCACCUUGCUCAGGGAGUGAGCGGAAAGUGGCGAACGAUUUGACAUAAACGUAAAACCAGGGGGUUUUUGAGGGAAGCACGAGAUAGUCGAAUCCAUUGUCGCGGUGGAAACGCGGAGGCGCGCAAUGAAAUUCCGAUAUAAUCGGUUCGCCGUAAUAGCCCACGGCGGGCGGGCCGGUAUAAUUUCGGCGGAGCUCAAUUUCCGAGGCUGUCGGUAUGCGAAAACGAACCUUAUACCCCAUUCGGGGGAUCGUUAUCGCGCUUCGGUUAUCGCGAUCCGACAUCAGUGAAAUCGGCGGCAACCGAGAGAAGGUUCUCCGCGAGUGAGAGAGAUCUCGUGGGAGUCGGACCGCGCGUGCAGAAACGUAGGAACGCACGGACCGCGAACCGACACCACCACCGCCAGUGUUGUCGACGAGAAGGGUCGACACGAAGGCCAGAAAUUUCUCCCUUGGCUUUUUUUCCUUCCCACCGACAACGGCGCGGCGAGAAUCACGGGGGAAGGAAGCACGUUCCUGCUCUCGGAUCGCGAUCGCUACCGUCGCGGGGCUCCAACGUCGGGGCGCGUCUCACGUAUAUAUACAUAUAUAUAUAUAUAUAUAUGUGCACACGCGACACGCUGAAGUGAAACACAUGUGUCGCGGCCGAGUGGUGUUUUCCACCGCUGCGGACUGCUGCACGUCGUGUUUGCUACGCGCGAAAUCCGGCGUACGCGCGACCGCGGAGACGCGUGACGCCGCGCACGACAUCCCCGCUGACGGCCCUUGGGACGCGCCGCGGUAAAAUAGGAGAAGCGGAAGGUGCGUGGGUGGGUGGGUGUCUGGGAUUUCUUCGACGGAUACGCGCGAAUCAUCCGUUUUCCCCCGAGAGGAAACGAAAGAUGUUGCCUGCCAGUCGGCCUGGAGUUUACGUACCGCCGUGCUUCGCCGACAGCAAGAGCGGAUGGCACUUGGACGGACUCCGCUCGGCUGCCCUGUAAAUCGCCAAGUUGUGUCACCACGAUUCUCUCCAGGUUCUAUGUUUCUCGCGACGUCUUGUCACGCGUUGUUUUCAGCUGCUAUUUGUCAAUAUGAUUCGUGUGCCUCGGACUUUGUAACUUGCUGAGAUUUUAGUUUCUUUGAGAGAGGGGAACUUCAGAGUGUAAAAUGUUCUUCGCUGAACACCGCUGCGAUAACUCAGGUGUGUGCAUUGAAUCAUCUUCAUGAGCUGGGAGACAACGCAUAGCUCAUCCUAUCUCGAAUAGUGAAAAAUCGAAUUAUGAGAGGCCAAGCGGAGGAAAAUGGAUACCGGUAAAAUAUCAGUAUGCGUGAAAAGUCAGCAGAAUGUCAUGCUCACGCAGGUCACGUGAGAGGCACGACAGAGAUGUGCUCGCGUGAUCCUCCUACAUUGCACCCAACCCUUGCCAAGGCAAACGGUAAAAAUUCGAGUCCCCAGCCAGCUCACCACACGGAGGCGCGCAUCGACAGUAACCUCCUACCAACUCCUGGUGGUCGUUUGAAAUUCUUCAAGGAUGGCAAGUUUAUCCUGGAGCUGUCUCAUCGUAGGGACGGAGAGAAGACCACGUGGUUUCCCGUGCCAAAGAAAACCUUUUGGCCACCUGCUAGCACUAUCCCAAAUCGGCAGGAGAGCUCUACUUCCCUCAGUGUUUCAGACGACAACUCGUCGGUGCAGUCCAGUCCUUGGCAGAGAGAUCACUGCUGGAAGCAGACCCACCCCCGGCGCCGGGUCACGACGGAAUUUAAUUUCUACUACUAUCGAAACCCGAAGAUCCGUCUAUGCGCCCAUUCUCGCUUAAUAGCGAAGAAGCGCAGGCGCCCGUUCGAUUCCACGACCGCUGCGCUUAUCCCGGAAUCGACGGCCGCCUAUUCGAGAGCGUCGCGUAAACUGAACGGCACUUCGUCGUCGUCCUCAUCGUCCUCGUCGUCGGGUAAGGUUCUCAAUCUGAUCAUCGAGAAAUUGGCGCGCCUUCUGGACCCGAAUGUCGUGUCGCCCCGCAAACGCAUACUGCGCGAGCUGGAGAGAGUCUCGCUGGAGGACCAGGCGUCCAAGAGGAGAGCUACUCCGCAACCGACGGUCUGCACGACGACAAGCGCACCGACUCCCGCCUCGAAGCAGCUGUCAUCGUACAGUAUAACGAGUAUUCUAGGCGAGGAUAAGCCGGCCGAGCCAGGCUUCCUGAGGAAUUUGCUAAAGCCGGACGAGCGGCAACAGCAGCCUAUGAAAUACUCAUCGAGCAACAACGCUUAUCCACGAAUCGAACCUUAUAUCGGCUCCAGCAAUACGCCCGUUCAACAUCCACUCUACGGAUUGCCAAUGUUGCCUCCCGGACCGUACAGGGGACCCCUGUGGAUGCAUUAUCCGUCUCCCGUCCACUAUGCACCUCCCAUGCCACUGUACGCGCCGCCGCAUCCUCAUCCACCAUCCCCGCCUGUUCAUCACUAUAAAGACUACAGGGAACAAACUCUCACACCUCCUUCAGAUAUGCCUCUCAAUCUGUCGAAGCAUGCGGGUUGAAUCUCAGGAUCCCACAAUAGUUGGUGCCUUAUCAGUGGACAAAACUACUCGCAGAACACUGCCCAUGCAACGACAAGGAAGAAGAAGAAGAAGAGAAAUGCGAUAUAUUAGUAUUUUUUUAUUCAUAAAAUACAAUAGUAUCUUUAGUGGAGUAGAGAGAUACGACGAAGCAAGACGAAAUUGGAUCUCCGGGGGAGAGCGCUAUACUUGUACAUAUACAAAUGCAUAAAUUGCGCGGCGGCAUAGGUAUUUUAUAUCGAUAUUAUCGGCAAGAUUAUAUCAAUCGUGAGUGGUAAAUAGAGAACGUUACGCGUAUAAAACGGCAGGCAAAGGUAAGUGUGUCUGUCAUGUAUUUUCUUUUUAUCGUAUCGAUCUGUGGAUGCUACUUUGCGAGGCGGGAUCGAAUAGAAAGGUUCGCACGUGGAUUUUCUAGAGCCACGCGAAUAAAAAACGUAUUAUAUAUCGAUACGAAAAUAUAUUAGCGACCGUGAGCGUGACGUGAUAUUGCCUUGGGUACGUUUUAUUUCUGACACUCAUUCAUAUUUUUUGCAUCGCGACGACGAGAGAGAGGAGCUGCACGUGCGCGUAUCUCUUUAUGCAUUUUUUUUCCCCAUUAUUCUUAUUAAUGUUACUGUCACUACUAUCAUUAUUAAAUGGUACACUAUCUUCUAUCUUAAACGAAUCAUAAAGACAUAGGAUUAUGUACAGAACAGAUUAUUGCCUCUACAUCUAGAGUAUUAAUUAUUCUUAAAAAUAGAGAAGCAUAAUAAAAAUUUAGGUUCUAAAUGAAUAUCCACACACCGAGACAGGUAUACAGUUAUUUAUAUGAUAUUAAUGACGAACAAAAUUAUUUACUUUGGUAAUAAAAGGAAAAACCGUGGGGUGUGCCUUAAAGUAAUUAUUGAAAUAUCCAUGAAGCUAAAUUAUGAACGUUCAUACACGCGGAUAUACGCAUUAUUAUAAAAGAAGAAGAAAGGGCACAAUAUUAUGUAUAUAUAAAUAUAUCUCUGUGUUACGUAUUUGCACCUCAAAUCGAUCGCAUAUAUAUUCGUUAUUUUAUUUAUUAUUAGUCAAAUGCAUUACGAAACAUUUCGCGGAAAAAAAACAAGGCAAGCUCGCACAGGUUCUAUACGAAUUAGUGAGUAAUUUUAAUUAUUCAUCGAUAUGCGCUCUUUUCGACUCAAGGCGAAAAGUAUAUGACUGCGUACUAGCAAUUGUAUAGAAAGACUAAUUUCGUAAAUAUAAAUAUUUCAUAUA